AUGGCACGAAAAGGAAAUCCAAUUUCGGUAAGACUUGAUCUGAAUCGUAGUUCAGAUCCAAGUCGGUUCAGUGAUUAUUAUUAUGGUAAAUCAUUGUAUCAAGAUGUCAAUCUUAGAUCUUAUUUCAGUUCGAUACGUCCACCUACGAGACUCACCUUUGGCUUUCGUCUCGGUAGGUGUAUUAUUCUACAUUUUCCCAAAAGGACAUUCAUUCAUUUCUUUCUUCCCCGUCGACCACUACGACUAAAACGACGCAACAAAUCAAGACCCGGAAAGGAUAAGGGCCGGUGGUGGGCAUUUGGGAAAGUCGGGCCGAUCGGGUGUCUUCAUUCAAGCGAGGGUACAGAGGAAGAACGAAACGAAGUGAGAGGCCGGGGGGCAGGGAAAAGAGUCGAGUCGAUCGACCGGGAGAAGCAAAACGAAAUCAGGAUUUGGCCGAAAAAGAUGCAACGUUAUGGAUACCAUGACCGAUCACCAUCGAGAAAGAAUAAUUUUGAUAAAUCACUUCGGGUGAGCGGGGCCUUCAAGCAUCCGAAAUACGCCGGGGUUGUAAAUGACAUAGCCUUCCUGAUAGAAAAUGACGACUCCUUCAUAAAAACAAAGUUAUUCAAGUUCUUUUUUUUACCAAAGAAGUCCCGCUCUGACGGCCCGACGAGUCAUCUACUAAAAAGGACCCUCCCCGCUGUGCGCCCCUCCUUGAAUUAUUCGGUCAUGCAAUACUUUUUUAAUACAAAGAACAAAAUGCAUUUCGACCCCGUCGUAGUUCUCAAUCAUUUCGUGGCACCGGGUGUGGCUGAACCAUCUACGAUGGGGGGAGCGAAGGGAGGAAGCUUAGAUAAGAGAAUACGCUCUCGCAUCGCUUUUUUUGUAGAAAGCUCGACCAGCGAGAAAAAGUGUUUGGCCCGAGCCAAAAAGAGGUUGAUCCACUUCAUUCGCCAAGCGAAUGAUCUUCGCUUCGCGGGAACAACAAAAACCACCAUCUCGCUCUUUCCUUUCUUCGGUGCUACCUUUUUUUUUUCAAGGGAUGGGGUUGGGGUGUAUAAUAACCCAUUUUUUGAGUAUGCCCGGGAACAACUCCUAGGUCAAUUAAGGAUCAAAUGUAGGAACCUCAUGGGUAAGGAUAAGGUAAUGGAAUUGAUAGAGAAAUUCAUAGACCUAGGUAGGAGAGGCAAAUUGAUAAAGGGAAUAGAGAUGAUGAUAGAGAUCAUACUGAGAAAGAGGAUAAUUCCGUACGGGUACAACUCUUAUUUGAACGAAGUGCAAAAAAUGCGAUCUUUUUUGUCUAAUAGAACAAACACUAAUACCUUAAUUGAGUCGGUAAAGAUCAAAUCAGUUUAUCAAAGUGCUUCUCUGAUUGCUCAAGACAUCUCUUUUCAACUGAGGAACAAUCCAAUCUCAUUUCGUUCCAUUUUUAGUAAAAUAGUUCAGGAUAUUCCAUUAAUAAUGCCAAAAGGGGUGGAGGGGAUACGUAUUUGUUGUUCUGGUCGAUUAGGGGGUGCGGAAAUAGCUAGAACUGAAUGCGGAAAGUAUGGAAAAACAUCUUGUAAUGUAUUUAACCAGAAAAUCGAUUAUGCUCCUGCGGAAGUAUCUACUCGUAACGGAAUUUCAGGUGUCAAAGUGCGGAUCUCAUAUAGUCAAAAUAAGAAGGGACGUGCUAUAUCCGAAACGUACGAAAUAUAG